CUGUUUAUCUUGUAGCUGUAGCUUCAUGUAGAAAGACGUAAGGGCUGCAUCUCUAUUCAGAGAACCAAUUAAUACUUUACAGGGGGGAAAAAACACAGUCUUCAAAGGUUGAAAUCACUUUGGGAUAAAGGUUCAGCCAAGAUGACGAUUAACUUGGGUGUUAAGGCUCUUCUCGGCUGGGUCAACAGCAUAAAACUGUCCGACCGAGAAAAAACUAUCGACGAUUUACAAGAUGGGGCAGACCUACUGAAAGUUGUUUAUAUGCUGAAAAAGGAACCCAACUCCAGUUUCACUAAUUCCAUUGAGGACCGAUUCAAGCUGAUUGCAGACUUUCUGGAAAGGGAUUGCAGAUUUAGUGCAACCAAAGGAACUUCAUUUUCUUGGGACAACAUAAGAGCUGGUAUCAACCUAAGAGUAGAAAUUGCAAAGGUGCUUUUGUUGCUCGUAUACCACGACAUAAUGAAUGACCGCUGCACUCUGAACAUGUUGGAAUGCGAUGUGGAGCGAGAGAUAGCAAACCUAACUGGUUCCUUUGUGAUGGAGAGCGACGGUUGCGUUUAUUUGAGCAAAGGACUUGAUGCCUAUUUGGCAAGGAAACAUUUGCCUGUUGCCCGUGAAAUAUUUGAGAGAUCAGCAACCACCUCUACCUCCAAUGUGUCGACCAUGUCCUCGUUUUCAGAUGACGAGUCCCCCGUUUUCCACCGCACACAGAAAAUCUCAUUUGUGGACAUGCAAACUGUGGCUUCAUCCUCAGUCAGCAAGUCUCCACUGCAGGAUAUCAUGAACACGCCUAAAUUCCAAUUGAGGAAGAUACAACGACAAAUGGUCAAGGAGAGGGACUACAGAGAUGGGUUGGAGAGGGAGCUGGCCAGCAAGCUUGCACUCAUUGCACAGAGAGAGUCCCAUAUUAACCAGUUGCAGUACCGCCUGGAUAAAAUGAAAGAAGAGCGAGGUGAUCAGGAGAGUGUUAUCAGGGAUCAGCUCAAUGAGCUUCAGACCAAGAACAGCACGUUACAAAUGCGUCUAAAUGAGAUGUUAAAGCAAAAUAAAGACCUCAAGAGCAACUCCUCACUUAUGGAGCGCAAAGUGGAUGAGCUGUCAGACGAAAAUGGUGUACUCUCAUCCCAGAUGAGAACCGUGUGUUCACAGCUGGCCAUAUUUGAGGCAGAAGUUGGCAGGCUGACAGAAACCCAAGCUUCUGCUCAGGAGGAGUGGAGAAGCAAAACAGGCCACCUACAGUCUGAACUUGACCAAGCUACCAAUCAAAAGGAGCUGCUGACUGAACAAAUUCAGAUCCUUCAGGGAAAGAUUUCCUGUUUGGAGGAUGAAAUAUGCAGGGCCACUAAGGAUGAAGUAGGAGAGAACAUGGGGCCUAUAAUAGAGAGAGAAAUGUUGGACACUGAAAUCAACGGUUUAAAGAAUGAGCUAGAGAGCACAUUUUGCUCCCUGAAAAAGGCUGAGGUGGAGAUUGAGGCCAAAACACAGAAGUUGGCAGAGUAUGAACAGGAAAUAAAUCAACAGAAAGAUCUCCUUAAGCAACAUCAGUCUCAAACUGAGGCAAUUAUUCAAGCCAAAGAUGACAUUUUAGAAAAAUUGAAAAAUGAGAUCAUCGAGCAGAAAGCGGUCCUUCAGCAAGAGAUCCAGGAUCUGAAGAUUCAACUUGAGCAAGUUGAGAAGCAGAAAACCGAGCAGAUGACCAGGCUACAACAGGACAUUGCUGCUUGUGAACAAGAAAUUGCAAAACUAAAGGAAAUUAAGAAAGAGAAGGAAAGCCUCUUGCUCCAGACUGAAGAAAAUGUGAAAGAUCUUGAGACAAAGUUAUCUGCUGCCAGUUCUCUCUUGGCUGAUAAAGACCAACAAAUCAAUAGUCUCAGAAAAGAUGUGUCCAUUCUUACAGAUGAAACCAAAAACAACAAAAGUGAAAUUCAAGUCAAAGAGGAAAUGCUUGCAAAAUUACUUCUGGAGAAGUCUAAUGAGCAAGACAUAUUUUGUGAUAAAAUCAAGACCCUAACAGUCCAGGCGGAAGACCUUAGCUCGUCUCUCACACAGGCUGAGCAUCAAAUUCAACUCAAGCAAGACUUACUGGCUAAAACCCAACAAGAGAAUGUCCAGCAAAGAGAGGUACUCCAACAACAGCUGGUAACCUGCGAAGAGGGAGUUCAGAAGUUAAACGAAGAGAUACAGGAAAAAAAUGAGCAGCUUGUAAUUCUAAAGAAGGAAAGCUCUCAAAAGUCUGGAUUGCUGGAGCAAGAGAUUACUGAUCUUAAAGGCCAACUAGAACAUCUGAAUGACUCUCUCAGAAAGACAGAGGAUCAAGUUCAGGCUCAGAAAGGUAUGCUUGCAAAGCAAGAGCAGGAGAGUGCUCAUCAGACAGUGGUCCUGCAGCAACAACUGUCUGCCUCUGAAGAGAGGGUAAGGAGCAUGAAGGAGGAGAUCCAGACUAGAGAGGAACAGUUGAGCAUGUUGAAAAGUCAAAGUUCACAGCAGUCAGAACAACUACUACAAGAGAUACAAGAGUUAAAGAAUCAGGUUGAGUGUCUUAGCUCCUCACUGAAUAAUGCUGAGGACAAUUUGCAAUCCAAGGAAGAUUUGUUGGCUGAACAGCAACUACAGAGCACUCGGGAUAUGGAGUCAAUGCAGGCACAGAUGGUGUCAUCUCAAGAUGAGGUGAUGAGGCUCAAUACAGAGAUUCAUGCUAAGGAGGAUCAACUAAUUCUGCUUAAGACUGAGACGACUACACAUUCUGACAUGCUACAGCAAGAAAUCCAAUGUCUAAAAACCCAACUCGCUAAUAUGGGUCACUCCCUCACAAAGGCUGAGGAGAAGGUUCAAUCUCAGAUUGUCAUGCUCACCAUACAAGAGCAGGAGAGUGCUCAUCAGAAGGAGCUUCUGCAGCAGCAACUGUCAUCUUCUGAAGAAGAGAUGAGGAAGAUGAAAGAGGAGAUCCAAGCUAAAGAGGAACAGAUUAAACUGCUGAAGACUGACGGCUCAGCGCAGUCGGAUUUGCUUCAUCAAGACAUACAAGAGUUAAAGAAACAGGUUGAAUGUCUUAGCUCCUCUCUGAAGAAUGCAGAGAACAAUUUGCAAUCCAAGGAAGAUUUGUUGGCUGAACAGCAACUACAGAGCACUCGGGAUAUGGAGUCAAUGCAGGCACAGAUGGCAUCAUCUCAAGAUGAGGUGAUGAGGCUCAAUACAGAGAUUCAUGCUAAGGAGGAUCAACUAAUUCUGCUUAAGACUGAGACAACUACACACUCUGAGAUGCUACAGCAAGAUAUUGAAAGUCUGAAAAAACAAAUGCAAAGCAUGACCGAUUCUCUUGAGGUCGCCAAGAACCAGGCUCAAGCCAAAGAUGAUUUGAUGGCCAAGCAGGAGCAGGAAAGCACUUUGCAGAUUGAGUCACUAGGAAAGCACAGUGUCGCUCUUGAGGAGGAGGUUAAUCGGCUGAGGGAGGAAAUCCAAACUAAAGAGUGUGAGGUAGACCUGUUAAAGAAUGACAGCUGCAAGGAGUCACAAGUGCUACAGAAUGAGAUCCAAACUCUUAGAGACCAAGUCCAAAGUUUGAACGAAUCCCUGAAGACUACGGUAAAUCAGGUUCAGGCCAAAGAAAACCUGCUGACUCAGAAGGAAAUGGAGAUUUCUCAGGAAAAAGAUAAAUUUGAAAACAUGAUGACAACAUCUGAAGAGGAGGUGAGAAGCCUUAGGGAGCAGAUUCAGGCUAAAGAGGAACGGCUGGUCACACUAGAAAGAGAAGGCUCCACACAUUCUGACAUGCUACAGCAAGAAAUCCAAUGUCUAAAAACCCAACUCGCUAAUAUGGGUCACUCCCUCACAAAGGCUGAGGAGAAGGUUCAAUCUCAGAUUGUCAUGCUCACCAUACAAGAGCAGGAGAGUGCUCAUCAGAAGGAGCUUCUGCAGCAGCAACUGUCAUCUUCUGAAGAAGAGAUGAGGAAGAUGAAAGAGGAGAUCCAAGCUAAAGAGGAACAGAUUAAACUGCUGAAGACUGACGGCUCAGCGCAGUCGGAUUUGCUUCAUCAAGACAUACAAGAGUUAAAGAAACAGGUUGAAUGUCUUAGCUCCUCUCUGAAGAAUGCAGAGAACAAUUUGCAAUCCAAGGAAGAUUUGUUGGCUGAACAGCAACUACAGAGCACUCGGGAUAUGGAGUCAAUGCAGGCACAGAUGGCAUCAUCUCAAGAUGAGGUGAUGAGGCUCAAUACAGAGAUUCAUGCUAAGGAGGAUCAACUAAUUCUGCUUAAGACUGAGACAACUACACACUCUGAGAUGCUACAGCAAGAUAUUGAAAGUCUGAAAAAACAAAUGCAAAGCAUGACCGAUUCUCUUGAGGUCGCCAAGAACCAGGCUCAAGCCAAAGAUGAUUUGAUGGCCAAGCAGGAGCAGGAAAGCACUUUGCAGAUUGAGUCACUAGGAAAGCACAGUGUCGCUCUUGAGGAGGAGGUUAAUCGGCUGAGGGAGGAAAUCCAAACUAAAAAGUGUGAGGUAGACCUGUUAAAGAAUGACAGCUGCAAGGAGUCACAAGUGCUACAGAAUGAGAUCCAAACUCUUAGAGACCAAGUCCAAAGUUUGAACGAAUCCCUGAAGACUACGGUAAAUCAGGUUCAGGCCAAAGAAAACCUGCUGACUCAGAAGGAAAUGGAGAUUUCUCAGGAAAAAGAUAAAUUUGAAAACAUGAUGACAACAUCUGAAGAGGAGGUGAGAAGCCUUAGGGAGCAGAUUCAGGCUAAAGAGGAACGGCUGGUCACACUAGAAAGAGAAGGCUCCACACAUUCUGACAUGCUACAGCAAGAAAUCCAAUGUCUAAAAACCCAACUCGCUAAAAUGGGUCACUCCCUCACAAAGGCUGAGGAGAAGGUUCAAUCUCAGAUUGUCAUGCUCACCAUACAAGAGCAGGAGAGUGCUCAUCAGAAGGAGCUUCUGCAGCAGCAACUGUCAUCUUCUGAAGAAGAGAUGAGGAAGAUGAAAGAGGAGAUCCAAGCUAAAGAGGAACAGAUUAAACUGCUGAAGACUGACGGCUCAGCGCAGUCGGAUUUGCUUCAUCAAGACAUACAAGAGUUAAAGAAACAGGUUGAAUGUCUUAGCUCCUCUCUGAAGAAUGCAGAGAACAAUUUGCAAUCCAAGGAAGAUUUGUUGGCUGAACAACAACUACAGAGCACUCGGGAUAUGGAGUCAAUGCAGGCACAGAUGGCGUCAUCUCAAGAUGAGGUGAAGAGGCUGAAUACAGAGAUUCAUGCUAAAGAGGAGCAGAUUAAACUGCUGAAGACUGACAGCUCAGUGCAGUCAGAUUUGCUGCAUCAAGAGGUUCAAAGUCUAAAGACGCAGGUGGAGACUCUUGGCUCCUCGCUGAGGAAAACUGAGGAGGAUAUGCAAGCCAAGGAAGAUCUGUUGGCUCAACAAGAACAAGAAAAUACUCAACAGAGGGAGGCUCUCCAAAGCCUACAGGAGAAAGUCAAACAAGUGGAGAUUCUGCAAAAACAGAUUUCUUCACAUGAAGAAGAGAUUCAGAAGCUGGAAGAAUCUCAGAGUGAGAAAGAGAGCCUCCUCCUCAAGGCUGAGGAAAAGCUUCAGCUACUCCAGACAGAGUUGUCUGCAGUCAACACACUCGUAACUGAUAAAGACCAAAAUCUGAUCACUCUCAGAGAGGAGGUUGCUGCCCAAGCCAACUUGGUUCAAAAAGCAAAAGAGGAAGCUGAAGCCAAUCAGAAAAUGCUGGUUGAGAUAACGGAGGAGAGCUCCAACCAAACCGAUGUUCUUCAACAGGAGAUUCAGUGCCUGAAAUGGGAAAUGGAAACCGCUUCUCUGAAUCUUCUGGCUAAAGAGCAGAUGUUACUUGAAACUCAGCGGGUGUCUUCUGAGCAGAUAGAUUGCCUCAAGCAGCAGCUUGUCUCUGUAAAUGCAGAGCUGAACCAAUACAAAGAGACCCAAUCUGCAGACCUCAGACUGAAAGAUGCUGUUCAUGUUGCCACUGUUAGGGAAAAGGAUGCUCUUGUUCAGGAAAAAGAAGCACUCAUGGCCAGGAUAUCACUGGCAGAAAAGAAUCAGAAAGCUCUGGAGAAACAACUCGAAGCCCUGGUGUUAGAGAAUGAGAGACUUGCUCAAGCCAAGCAGGCCACAGAGAGGGAGAAUGCUGCCUCUCAUAAAUUUGAAUCUUCGCUCCAGCAGGAGAUGGAAGUCUUGAAAAUGGAGAAAGAGAAACUCUUGAAAGAGAAAGAAAAAGCUGAGGAGAUUGAGAUGCAAAAGCGAGACCUGCAGGAACAGCUCUCGGCUAAAUCGGAGGCUGCAGAACACUACAAGGCACAGAUGGAGAAGGCAGCGAGUCAUUACAAUGAUAAGAAACAGCUUCUCCAGGGAAGCCAAGAGGAGGUUGGUGAACUCAAGCAUUCCUUAGAGGUUAAAGAGCGAGAAGUAAAGAAUACCACCAUGGAAAACAAGCUGCUUCAACUGGAUUUGGACAAGGCCCAAGCCAAUGAGAAGGCACUUUUGAGCAGGGUGUCCAGUUUGGAGGCCCAGCUGGCUUUUGCUGACCGUAACCUGCGGGAACAGAAUAAGAUUCCUGGAUAUGCAUCAGAGUCUUGUUACUUGGACAUUCCCUUUGCACACUCUAGUGUUCACACUAGAGCACAGGCGAAGAGAACCGUGAGCUCUGACAGCCUGGACCAGAGCUCUCUGGAAGACUCUCUGAACACCACAAGGAAACUUUCAGCGCCUGAUGAAUCAAGCACACCGCUUGUUCGCAGUUCAGAGCGCUUGGCAGCCAAACGCAGAGGUCUACAGAGCGGGUCUCUGGAAACCCUGUAUUUCACACCUAUAAACACCAGACAGAUCAGCAGGACCGGUACAGAGCACAAAAUGGAACUGGAUUCAACCCGGAAAAAUCCAACUUCAUCCGUAAAACGACGCAGGACCACACAGGUUAUUAACAUCACCCUGACCAAGAAAACCCCAGGCGGCGGUGAACAUGAGGACACUUUCUACAGUCUGGCCUCAGCUCGCUCCCAUCCAAACCUCUCGGGUGCCCACUCGGCACGACCCGUGUCUAUGGAGCUGUUUGACACACCUGCCAGAAUGACCAGCACUGCCAGCGACCAGCUCCUCGGUCUCCCAGGUUACAGACGCAGCAUAGUCCCUUCACAGACCGCUAGUACGUUCUGUUUGGGGUCAGAGAACGAGCCCGAGGGGGGUCCUGACGACUGGAAGAGGAUUGCUGAGCUCCAGGCCAGGAACAAGGCCUGCCUUCCUCAUCUAAAGAGCAGCUACCCUGUGGAGGCUGAUACUGGCCGCCGCACUACAUUAAUUUUCACAGACGAAGAACUGCGUAUGGGUGACCCAUCUGACACAAUCCGUCGGGCGUCCAUGAUGCCCGGCCAGCUGCAAGACUCUCUAUCCUCCCAUCGGUACUCCCUCAUGGGGGGACACUCGGGUGCCGCUGCCGGUACCCGUUCACAUCGUCUGUCCUUGAUGCCGGGCCAGCUGCCGUCAAAAACGUACAGCUCCUCUCAGCUGAGAAGCCCGAAAGGCACAAAGCGCUCUUCGUCUACGUUGUCCGUACAUCAAACUUCACCUGAGAAAAGGGUGAAGGCCAGCUGCUUCGCACUACCGCUCACUCCUAAAAACAAGAACAGAGGACCUUCAAGCGCUCAGCUUCGUCCUGCCCUCAGUCCAGCUGAUCGGAGGCAGUCGAUGAUGUUCAAUAUUGAAAACACCCCCAAAAACAGCAACUACCUAAAGAAAGGGCUGAACAAACUACGCAGCUCCACCCGGAAAUCCCCGGGCAAGAGUUCAAAGAAGUCGCCCGUUCAAACGUCUGCGCGAAAGGAAAACAUUCCUUCAGGAAAUGUCCGCGCUGGAGUCCCACGAGACGGCAGAAUUGGCAGCUCCAAGUCGCCCCAGGUGGCAUCUAAAGGACAGAGAGCCACCAGCAGGUCUGCAAAGUCUCCUCUGACGUCUAGCGCUCGCAAGAAGCAUGUGUCUGUCAAUGAAGAAAAUCUUGCUGGAAGUCGUAAAAGAUGAUGAGCAAGUUGAAGAUGUGAGGACAGUUUCCCAAAUUGGAUUCAUAAUCGUCUGCAGUUCUACUUGAUUAUAAUUUUUUUCCCCUUCAUAAUGUUUUUAUUGUUCAGGGCUUUUUUACAAUCAUCUCUUAAUCUACUUUUAUGUCCACUGUAUUAUAUUUACAUGU